CUGAGAAAAAAGAGGAGAGGAGAGCCUUCGCUUUUGUUUUGCACAAUAUUAUCAGACAUUGUGGUGCGUGUGCGGGCUGCGCAGUAUGCGGACAAACAGAGGCACGUAUAACGCAUGCUGGGAGCGCCUCUGGGCUGUUUAGACAGUCAGCCAGCGGCAGGUCACAUGUUGCAGCGUCACCGUGUAGUAAAGUUACUGUAGUUGGAAAGAGGCUCCUCAUUUCUGUCUCUCUCUCCAUCCCGUGUGCUGCUGCGGCUGCGGCGGCGGCGUUCCGGCAAAAGGCGACAACUUCACUCUCAGACGAUCUCCAAACGAGCCGCGCAGCCAUCAUGGGAGUGCAUUACCUCAGCAGCCGUGCAAUUUCCACCAUCAAUAAUUUAAUCUAUUUGCUCCAAAGCUGAAGAGACAUCCUGAAGCUUCUGUCGGGAGAGCGCAGAGAGGAAACAAAAACACACACCGCGCUUUAAGUAAAUUACUCAGGGAGUUGUCCAACACAUCCCCCAGAUGACACCACUGUCCUGUUGAAUGGUCUGUUUUACGACUGGGCAGUAAAAGUUCCACCAGGUUAGAAGAGUGAUGACCAUCCUGUUCCUUACUAUGGUUAUUUCAUACUUCAGUUGCAUGAGAGCUGCGCCCCUGAGAGACGCCCCGGGCAUUCGGGGCCAUCGGACGGAAGGCUACUUGGGCGCUGCUGCGACGACCGCUCGAGGCCACGGGACUCUGCAGAGUGGCGGCGGGCCGGGCCAGCACGGCGAGCUGCCCUCGCUCACAGACACGUUCGAGCAGGUGAUCGAGGAGCUGCUGGAGGUGGAGGGAGAGGCCGCACAGCUGGGACAGGGGUCUGACAAGAGCCAGGGAGGCGGGGGCCCGUUGCCCGUGGUCACCACAGAGAACAAGGAUGUCGACCUGUACAACUCGCGGGUGAUGAUCAGCAACCAAGUGCCUUUGGAGCCGCCGUUGCUCUUUCUUCUGGAGGAAUACAAAAACUAUCUGGAUGCUGCAAACAUGUCCAUGAGGGUGAGGCGACACUCCGACCCCUCACGGCGUGGAGAGCUGAGUGUGUGUGACAGUAUUAGCCAGUGGGUGACAGCUGUGGAUAAAAAGACGGCAAUAGACAUGUCCGGGCAGACAGUUACCGUCAUGGAAAAGGUCCCUGUCCCCAAUGGCCAGCUGAAGCAAUACUUUUAUGAGACCAAAUGCAACCCCAUGGGGUACACAAAGGACGGCUGCAGAGGAAUAGACAAGCGGCAUUAUAACUCCCAAUGCAGGACAACCCAGUCCUACGUGCGAGCGCUCACCAUGGAUAGCAAAAAGAAGAUUGGCUGGCGGUUUAUAAGGAUAGACACUUCAUGUGUAUGCACAUUGACCAUUAAAAGAGGGAGAUAGUGUAUAAAAUGUAUAGAUUUUAUUGAAGAGUUUAAAAAAGAGAAUAAAGAGAAAAUAUCUAUUUGUAUAUAUACAUAACAGGGUAAAUUAUUCCGUCAAAUGAAAAAUUUUAUGGACUGCAUGUAAAAAAAGAUGAAGUUUCUACAGUAAAGUGAUAUUACAGUCUAUUUAUUGAACAUAUUCAUGACCUUGUAAACAAUUAAAAAAAUCUGAUCAGUCA